CAGGUAAUCGGAUUAGAGCGUGGCGGGUUCAAAUUGAGGCAAUUGACGGCGGUUUGCGCACUCGCACCGCCAGCAGCCUUCCACGGAGGACCUCCUCGUUCACGGAGUAAAGCAGAGAAGCCAGCAGAGACGCCGCCAGCAUGUCAGUGGAUCUGAACGGGUAUUGGAAAAUGACUUCCAAUGAUAACUUCGAGGACUACAUGAAGGCUCUAGAUGUAAACGUAGCCAUCAGGAAAAUUGCCAACUUGCUGAAGCCUGACAAAGAAAUUACUCAUGACGGGGACCACAUAACCAUCAAGACCCUCAGCACCUUCAAAAACUACAACAUGGACUUCCAUGUGGGCAAGGAGUUUGAGGAGGACCUGGCCGGAGUGGAUGACAGGAAAUGCAUGACCACCAUCAACUGGGAGGGAGACAAGCUGGUGUGUGUGCAGAAGGGAGAGAUUGAAGGAAGAGGCUGGACCCACUGGGUGGAGGGAGAUGAGCUUCAUCUGGAGCUGAGAGCCGGAGGAGCCGUCUGCAAGCAGGUCUUCAAGAAGACCUAAACCGGCUCUCGCUGAACGAGACGGCGCCCCCCACCCGCCAGACGCCGGCUCACAGAGACACAUCAGACGCGACCUCUGACGCACCGUCCAGCUCUCCUGUGGUCUCUCCAUUUUUUUUCCACGUUCCUGUCAUGAAUAUAUUUUAUUUUCACCAAACACACAUUUAUAUUCCAUCAGGACGGUUGAAUUACUUCACCGGAGCCAAUUCGCAUGUAGUAGAAAAGGGGGCAGGUUGAGCGUGUGCAUUUGUCUCAGGGUAGGUGCUUUGAUUCACAGGUUUAGAUGUGCUGGACGCGUGCACGCCGCUGACUGUAGCUGAUCUGAUGACGGGUAAAGCAAAGCACUGAAACGAAACGGGGAAACAGUGAGACCUGGUUCGGCUGUAAACGUAUAUUGGCCACGAUGUAUGUAAAUAUUCCUCCCGAUACCUUUGGAACUGUGCCACUGAUGCUGAGAUGAAACAAUCAAUAAAUGAAACUGUUCUCAA